AUGAAGCCAAUCAAGUCUGUCGCUGGCCCUCUCAUUAUGCUCGCCUCUGGUGCUGCUGCACGUACCUUCACCGUCUACAACGCGUGUCCUUUCACAAUCUGGCCUGCUAUCUUCACCGACCUGAACGUCGGCAAUGCCAUCCCUGACCAUCCUACGGGCUGGGAGGCUAAACCCGGUACAAAGGUCACCUUCCAUGUCCCUGACAACUGGACGGCUGGUAGGAUUUGGGGAAGGCGCGGCUGUGAUUUCUCAGAGAACCCUGGCCCCAAUUCAUGCCUCACGGGUGGCUGCAAUGGUGGAUUGCUCUGCGAUCCUCGUACUGGUCCAGGUGUACCCCCUGCCUCCUUGGCUGAGUUCACUCUAAGCGGUGGGCUCGAUUCUGAUUGGUACAACGUCUCCCUCGUCGAUGGAUUCAAUCUGCCUAUCAGGAUUUCAAACAACAAGGGUUGCCCUGUUGCUGAUUGUCCAGUUGACCUCGGACCAAGCUGUCCCGCACCCCUUCAGGGACCCCUCGAUCACCGUGGGUUCUCGGCAGGCUGCAAGUCCGCUUGCUACGCCAACCUGGACGGAGAUCAAGGCAACUCGACGAACUGCUGCUCUGGCGAGUUUAGCACUCCUGACAGGUGCCCUCCAUCCGGAGUUCAAUACUACGAUUACUUCAAGAGGUCCUGCCCCAAUUCGUAUGUCUACGCAUACGACGAGAGCAGCGGAACUUCGCUCCAUACUUGCCCCACGAACUUGAAGGCCGACUAUACCAUCACCUUCUGCCCUUGA